CUUCUGUGCAACCGAGUGUUACGCAACAAGCCGAUGGAGGUCACAACCACGCAGACGCAGGGCGCUGGAAAUUUGCGCGAUCAGCUGCAGCAAAUCUUCCACCCAGCAUCGGCCACCCGUUCCGCAGCGUUCUCGGUGGAAAUAUCGACCAAAGAUGACACCGCCAUCAUCGAGCGGUUGCGUGGCCUAUCGCCCCAACCGAUCUUCUGCUCGCUACCGUGGGUUUCGGAUGCAAAUUUGCGCUACGAGGACGACUUCACGCGGAUGCCAUCGCUACGGUUGGCCGGUCAAUUGCAGCAGGCCCAGUACCCCGUCGUGAGUCACCUUUCGUGUUACAAUCUGACCGAGCAGCAGGUGCAGAAGAUACUGGCCACCGGUCUCGUGCGCAAUCUGUUCAUCGUCCGCGGCGACACCGUUAAUCCGACGCAGCGAUUUACCCAUUCAUUCGACCUAGUGGACUAUCUGCGCCGUGUGCCGGCCGAGGAUUCCGCUGGCGGCACCGCCACAGCCUCACGUCUCACGAUCGGUGUCGGUGGCUACCCUCAGGGACACCACCAGUCACGAUCACCCACCGACGAGAUACGGCAUCUCGCCGAAAAGGUUGCGCUUGGGGCCGAUUUUCUACUCACGCAAACGCUGUACGAUGCGGCAUCGUUCUUUCACUACCGGGACCGGUGUCGGGCGGCCGGCAUUAGCAUCCCGAUAGUGCCCGGUAUCUAUCUGCCACACUCGUACCGUCAGCUGCAAACGAUGUUGGGCUUUACGAGAGUUACGCUGCCACCGAGUGUACGGGACGCGUUCGAAGCGCACGCCGGCGACACGCCCGAGGAGUUUGAAGCAUUCGUGGUGGAGUACUUUUCUGGCGUCGUCCGUGAGCUGCUGGACCCAAUCGAGACCUCAAUCGAUGAUCCGGUGAAGUUGGUCCACUUUUUCACCUUCAACAACCUGAGUCUGCUUCAGAAGGUGCUUGAUCGUGUCAAGUUCGAAUAAAGAGAACGGGGUCCGGGCGAUCCUGCGGGAUCGGCUUCAAUCCGGAUGAUG